UUGUGUGACUGUUAAUUCCAUGCACAUUACUUUAUUCUGUCCAUUGUUCCACCAGGCACACCUAAAGUGCAUUAUCUUCCUGUUUUCUGUCUUCCAGCAUGGCUUCAUUAGCCCGACUGGUUUCCAGUUUAAAGUCCAGAAACCCGUGCCCUGACUAUGAAAUGGUCCAUCAGGCUGGGUUGACCUGUGACUCGGGGGAGCUGCCGCACCACAUCAGCUCCGACGAGGAGAUCGACAGACUCAUCUCCGCCGUGCAGCUGUUUCUCAAGGCUCUGCCCAAACCCACACUGGUCACCAUGUCCAGGUCCAGUCUGGAUGAAUACUGCCCCGUAGAGCAGGUGGACUCGGUGCAGAGCAGAGUACUGGCUGUACUGGAGAACCUGUACGGACCACUGGAAUUACACAGAGACUAUGAGAACAGCAGCACAGAGACUCAGGACUGCCAACCACAGGCCUCCUAACACACACACUCACAAACCAGCCUACUGAGACACACACACAAACACACACAUUUAAUGGAUGUACAGUUUGUAAUAGACAAGCACUUGAAAAAAUGACAUGUCAGAUACAGUUGUAAUGAACUUGAAGUAAAUUCAUAUUUUAUGUCCAAAAGCUGGAACAUGUUCUGAGACUGUCGGUCAUUAUUUAUGCAUGUAAUAUGUUAACAUUUGAAAUCUGGUAAUAUUCUAUGUUUUUCAUCGUAAACAAAUCCCAUGUGCAGACUCAGGCCAGCACUGAAUGAAUAUUGGUGCCCUUUUCAGGGAGUUUAUAUUCAAGAAUUUAGAGCAAUCCCAGCAGUAAUGUUGUCGGUUUUUUCUUAACAUUGAUAAUUGAUAAACUACGGUACUAUAGUAUCUCCACAAAUCUACAAACAUGCUUACUACAGCUGGGUGCAAUACUGAAGGCUUUGUUUCAUUUAAAAUAAUUCCUCAUCUGUCUUUAAUGUCAAUAAACCACAACUUGCAGUUGCUACACAAGAGACUCUUGAAAAACAAAGAUAAUUUGUCAUUAGAGAAAAAUCUCCACACAUUUGUUUAGCUCACUGUUUUUCUUCAUAUGGUAUAAGAAAAACAGCUCACAAACUGAGACACGACUUAUAUUUGAACACUGAAACAAAUGGGUAUUGCUCGCAUUUGCGCAUAAGAUGAGGCCCUACGCACUGCACGUGUUCUGCGUGUAGGGAGGGGUGGCCCUGUAUAACUUUUCAA